ACAACGCGAGGAUCGAAAGAUUCUUAUUCGGCUGCAAGAAUAGCAUAGAGCGGUGCAAGAUGAUCCUAGAGAGAUAUUUCAGCGUGCGUACAGCGAUCCCGGAAUUCUUCGCGGUCCGAGACCCCCUGGCACGUGAAAUUCAAGAGUGCUGCGAUACGAUCCAUUAUUUCGUUCUGCCAUCGCUAACUGACGAGGGACAUCGCGUGACCAUUCUGCGGCUAAGAAACACCAGGAUAGAGAAGUUCUCCAUUCAAGCCAUCUCGCGAAGGAUUCUCAUGGUUCUCGAUACUCGUCUUCUGGAAGAACAGUGUUUGUCAAAUAUCAUGCGUGGUGCAUUUCACAAAGUGCAGCCCGACGCAGAGUAUUGUCCGCAAGUCGAUGCUGGCAGUGCAGGACAGCAUGCCAAUGAGAUUGCACAGAGUCCAUUUCCUCCACGCGCCUGCCUUUAUCGAGAGUAUCCUCAAUAUAUUCUACCCUCUGCUAAAGGAUCGGCUGAUUCAGAAGGUAGCUCUUCACGUUUCAAGUUUUGCAUUCACACUGGCGGUGGCGAGGAGCUGCACACGUACAUGGGCAAAGAUAUACUGCCAAACGAGUGGGGUGGGAAAGCUGGCACUUUGGAUGAAUUGAAUGACGCGUGGAAGGAGAAAAUUGAAAGGAACAGAGACUGGUUCUUGCGAGAGGAGAAGCUCAGUCGGACGAACGAGAAUGCCCGACUCCCGGAAGCGAAGACGAAACUUCUGGCGGAGCUGGACGGGCUGCAGGGAUCUUUCAGGCAAUUAAACAUCGAU